AUGCAAGCUACCAUCAAUCGUUCAGAGGAUGUUUAUUUCGAUUUCGAUAAUCAGAUAGACUAUCCGGAUGACGCUGACAUGGGACAGACUGAUUCCGAUCAUCUUCCACCACUAUCUGCAACAGCAUCACCUGUACCUCAACACGAUGUGGAUGAUAUAAAAGUGGAAUACCACCCCAGUAGUGGUCACCCUACCCAAGUGUACCAUUUUGAGGACUAUGGUCGUGGCGCCGGUGCCCCAACAGCUGUUCCGAAAGCAGAUCCUGAGCCCUGGAAGCCAUUUUGCACUCGUAUCAACUUCGAGGUUGCAGAACUUGCCCAUGAAGCUGCACUCUCUUACGAGCAGCUGGACCGGCUCAUUGAACUCGUUCAUCACAGUAGGUUCAAAUUGUUUACCCUCUGGAAUCACAAAGAUGUGCGAGACACGUGGGAGGUGGCGUCAUUCAAAAUGACACCUUUUACGAAGGAGGAAGUUGUUGUGCCCUUCCAAGGGAUCGAUAAGACAUUCCCGUUAUUUCAUUGCUUGCUGUGGGACUGGGCUAUGGAUCUACUUCAAGAUCCACAAGUAGGUCCGCAUUUCAUCUUCGAUCCCCAAAGGCUUUUGAAGUUCGACGGUGAGAAGUUCAUUCGGUUCAUUCAUGAGCCGUGGACUGCAAAUAAUUUCUGGGAAUAUCAAUCAAAAAUCCCACCGGACGCAAAACCUCUUGCAUUUAUUUUGUAUGCCGACAAAGCCAAAUUAUUGUCGUUUGGUCAUGUGAAAGGUUAUCCUGUAGUUGCUCGCUGUGCUAAUCUUCCUAUUGUGGUUCGGAAUGGAGAAGGCUUGGGUGGGGGGCAUGUUGUUGGUUGGCUACCUAUUGUAAAGGAAGAUAAGAAGCAUUCCGGAAAGCCUGCUUUUGUCAACUUCAAGAAUGCGGUAUGGCACGCAGCGUUUCUGAUGAUUCUUGCCUGUCUUGCACCACUAUCGAAGUUCAGUUCUGCCAUUAAAUGCUGGGACAAUGUUAUUCGUGUUUUCUAUCCAAUUGUGCUCAUACUCUCUGCAGACUACAAAGAACAGGCUGUAAUGGCAUUGAUUCAUGGUUUGAUGGGCAAGUUUCCUUGCCCUAUCUGUCUAGUGCCUCAUGACGAGCUUUCUAAUACACUUAAUGUGUAUCCUCUCUGCACAUCUGUAGACACCAAGGCAUUACGUGCUCAAGCCCGAGAGUCUACUACAUUGCAGGCAAGAGAGCAGAUCUUGAGUUCCCAGAGCCUUUGUGAUGUUGAUAGCUCAUUUGAUGUCCUCGAGCACACCAAUGUUCACAAGGCUCUAUCUCAUGAUAAAAUCCACUUCAACGACGAGGGAUUGUUCAGUGAUCACACAUGGGCUGAACUCUUUCAAUCAGUUCCAUGUUGGCGAAACCUGAAUCACUUCAAUCAGGUUAUAUCAGUAUCAUUUUCCGAUGGAACAAAAUACGAAGACAUAUCGAAGCUUAUCAUCUUUGCAGCACAUAAUGUGUUUGACUGUGAUACGGAUCCGGAGGCAUAUCUCCUGCUCCAUUACACCAUCAAAGAUGGCCAAGAAGCUUUGUCAAAGCUCACUGAAUUGUUGGAUAGAUACAUUGAAGAUACAGCAGAGAUUUGUGAGAAGUCCUGGAAUUUUCCUAAGAAACAUCUUUCCACCCAUCUCUUCGAUGAUAUUGAGGUGAAAGGUGUCUCCCAAAACUAUAGCACCAAGCCUAAUGAGAAAAUGCAUGGCCUGUUGAAAGACACUUAUCAAGAUCGUACAAAUUUCAAGAACUUUGCUGAACAGAUUCUCCAAUACAACCAUGACAGCCUGGUUGCAGAAUAUAUUCGUGGCAAGUUGGAUUACCUCGACACUUGGAAUCUCAAACCAACUGAUGCACAGCAUUUUAGUCUUGGUUCAAAGCAGGCAGCAAUGUCAUUCAUAGACAUCAAGGCAGGUAGUGUGGGUAACCCAGCAUUUGACAGAUUUCGGAUCAAGCUAAACAGCUUUCUGAACCAUUCAUUUGCCGCCAACAAGAUACCAUUUCCGGAUGGACGACGGAUCCAACUGACUGCCAGCGAGAUGAUCACAGAAUAUCAAUUCCUUAAAGUCAAUUUUGAGUUGUUUACCAACACUCGCAUCAUCUUUGGAAAAUUGAUGUUGAUUUUCACCUGUAUGGUAGGGGAUGUUCAGUAUGCUAUCACGCUUGUUCUUCCAUACGACCAACCGGUUGGUCCUAGGGCUUCUGCAGAGUUUUUUUCAGUUCACUCAAUUAUUCGGGGUUGUAUGAUAGUAGAGGAUGCCAGCAGACCUGAUGAGUUUUUGGUUGUUGACACAGCCAGUGAUUGGAUUCUUACUUCCUCCCUUAUCUCUGAAUCCCUGCCUUAG